AUGCUGCUCGGAGCGUCCUGGCUAUGCGCGUCCAAGGCGGCUGCCGCUGCUGCGCAGAGCGAGGGCGACGACGACAGGCCGGGCGAGCGGCGGCGGCGGGCCACGGCCACGGCUGCGGGCGAGGACAUGGAUGAGUCGUCACUGCUGGAUCUGCUGGAGUGCUCCGUGUGCCUGGAGCGCUUGGACACCACGGCCAAGGUGCUGCCCUGUCAGCACACCUUCUGCCGCCGCUGUCUGGAGAGCAUCGUGUGCUCGCGGCACGAGCUGCGCUGCCCGGAGUGCCGCAUCCUGGUGGGCUGCGGCGUGGACGAGCUGCCCGCCAACAUCCUGCUGGUGCGUCUGCUGGAUGGCAUCCGCCAGAGGCCCCGCGCUAGCGCCAGUCCCGGCGGCAGCCCGCCCGCGCGCCCGAGCCCGGGCUCCGGGGCGGCUUCCGAGCUCGCAGAGGGCGGGGGCCGCGCGGUGGGCAGCGCCCCGGGCUCACCGAGCUUUCCUGUGGAGGCGGGCAGUCUGCGAGAGCUGGCGACCAGCAGGAGCGCGCCCCCGGCAAAGAGUCCUUCCCAGCCUCCCUGCGGCAAAGCCCUCUACAGCUACGAGGGGAAGGAGCCCGGCGACCUCAAGUUCAACAAGGGCGACGUCAUCCUCCUGAGGCGCCGGGUGGAUGAGCACUGGUUUCACGGGGAGCUGCGGGGCGCCCAGGGCUUCCUGCCCGCCAGCCACGUGCAGUGCCUGCGGCCGCUGCCGCCCGCCCCGCCCCAGGGCAAAGCCCUGUACGACUUCGAGAUGAAGGACCAGGACCAGGGCUGCCUGGCCUUCAGCAAGGAUGAAAUCCUGACGGUGAUCAGAAGAGUGGAUGACAACUGGGCGGAGGGGAUGCUGGGAGACAAGAUGGGGAUCUUCCCCCUCCUGUACGUGGAGCUCAACGACUCUGCCAAGGAGCUUAUUGGGACGGACACGCUCUGCCCGGCCGUGUCCGGCUGCCACGCCUCGCUGCCCUCUGACCCCAGUGCCGCGGCCCGGGGGGCCCCAGGUCCCACUGUGAGCAGCGCGGGGGCCGUCAGUGCCUUUCAGCAGCGCGUGGACAGCAAGAAGAACCCCAAGAAGCGCCACUCCUUCACCGCGUUCAGCGUGACGCACAGGUCUUCACAGGCCGCCGGCCACAGGCACUCCAUGGAAAUUAGUGCUCCGGUCCUGAUCAGCUCCAGUGACCCCCGGGCCGCGGCCAGGAUCAGGGACCUGGCCCACCUGUCCUGCAGCGCUCCCGCCCAGGACUCCUCGGCCGGAUUCGAACCAGCGGCUGAACCGCAGGGAGUGACCCCCAAAGUCCAGCUGCCCCUCAACGUGUACCUGGCGCUCUACGCCUACAAGCCCCAGAAGAAGGACGAGCUGGAGCUGCGCAAGGGGGAGAUGUACCGCGUCCUGGAGAAGUGCCAGGACGGCUGGUUCAAGGGCACAUCCCUGCGGUCCGGGCGCUCGGGGGUGUUCCCAGGGAACUACGUGACGCCUGCUUCCAGGGCUCCUUCAGGAGGGGCUGGGCCACCCCGCAACAAUGUGGCUGGAGGGUCUCCCCUGGCCAAAGGGAUGACCACAACCCUGCACCCAGGCGGCGGGAGUCUGAGCAGCCCCGCCCCUGCCGUGAGGCCAGCCCUGCCCCUCACGCCGCAGGCCCAGCACCCGGCAGCCUCUCCGCCCCUGGGCAGCUGUCUGUGGCACCCCGCUCUGCCAGGGGCCAGCCAGGCCCGCAGCACCGUCCCCACAGCUGCCCACUCCCCUGCUCCAGCUCAGGACAGACCCACCGCCACCGUGUCGCCCCUGCGCACCCAGAGCUCCCUGUCCCGCCUGCCCACCACCAGCCUCAGGCCCCACGCCACGGUGUCCCCGCAUCACCACCACCAGCCCCCAGCGCAGACCGUCCCUGGGGCCCAGGGCCCCCGGCCAGCCAUCCCGCUCACCUCAGCAGCAUCGGCCAUCACACCUCCCAACGUCACUGCCGCCAACCUCAACGGGGAGGCCGGAGGGGGGCCCGUCAGUGGCCUGUCUACAUCCAGCCCCACCCACGUGGGCUGCAAGCCAGACGAGAAGAGGAACGAGAAGAAGGAGAAGAAGACGGGGCUGCUGAAACUUCUGGCUGGCGCGUCCACCAAGAAGAAGUCUCGCUCCCCACCGUCCGUGUCUCCCACCCACGACCCCCAGGAGGUGGACGCCUCACUGCAGGGUGCAGUGGGGCCGGACGCGUCCUUGCUGUCGCUCCGUGGCCGGGCCGGGUCCUGCCCCAUGGAGAGCGAGAUUCAGGGCGCGAUGGGAACGGAGCCCCCGCACAGGAAGGCGGGCGCCUUGGACCUGAACCCCUCGUCCCCUUCCAGGCAAGUCCCCUCCACCACAGCUGCCGCCCGCCCCGAGCCCACGCUGCUGCCCAGGGAGAGGUACCGUGUGGUGGUCUCGUACCCGCCCCAGAGCGAGGCGGAGAUAGAGCUGAAGGAGGGCGACGUUGUCUUUGUGCACAAGAAGCGUGAGGACGGCUGGUUCAAGGGGACGCUUCAGAGGAACGGCCGCACAGGCCUCUUCCCGGGCAGCUUCGUGGAGAGCUUCUGAGGACGGACCCUCGGCCCUCGG